AUGAAAUUGGACAACGUCGAUUUUGACAAAUUGAAAUUUGCUGACAUUCCAAAAUUUGUCAAAUGUCCUUGUGAACUCUGCGAUGACGGAUGUUAUGAAAAAUGUGGAAAUGAACAUUAUCCGGGAUGUAAACAUCGACCUCAACAACGGACAAAACUGUCUCCAUCUGCUCGGUGUCCUCAAACACACUAUCAGCAAACAUUUGUACCCAUAAGAGAUGAUCAUCGUCGACAAUUAUGCCCACCUGUACCGGACAAUGAAAUACCAACGUCAUUCAAAAAUGUAUCUAUGUCAACGACGAAUACACAGAAGGAACAUUAUCCGCCACCACCGGUUGGUACAGCGAGACAAAAGCCAGCAUCUCCUGCUAAACAGACUGAUAAAUAUCUUGUCUCAGGUGGUUCAGCGCCAAUGGAAACACAAACCCACUAUCAAACUGAAUAUAGUGAAAAACCUGUCGGUUCGGUUGUGCAUCGUACAUCGAAAGAUGUAACUCGAACGUCUCAAGUUAAUAUCACCGAUUCAUCAGCGCCUUUGGCAUCCAAAACAACUUCUCAUACUCAUUUCAAACAAUGGCAACCCAUUGUUGUACAUCCUUAUACGGAAAUGCCAGCCAUAGCUGGUCAUAUUCUAUUUCCUGAUGGCAACCGUAGUUUUGACACUACUACUGGACGUACAUUUGUACCUUAUCCGAAUGUGUCUCGGACCAGGCCAGUUAUUCGGCCCGAAUAUCAAGGCAAUCUCACUGUGACUGGUGACAUGGAUUUGCAUACAAAUUAUCGACGAGAAUUUACGACUCCAAAAUCAACAUCAUUAAGAAGUGCUCCGGUGAAACCACCCGAUGCACUACGCGAAGAAAAAGUCUACACACGUCGUCCAAUGAACGAAAUUUCCCAAACUUCGUAUGAUUUUCGUCCGCGUUCAUACCAACGACCACCUCAAACGUUCGACAUGGAACCAUUUCAAUCACAAGUAAACAUAGGAGAUUCACAAGCACCAUUGCCGAAAGAUACACAAUAUCGUCUUGACUAUCCAGGUUAUGAUGCAAAGAAGCAUCAUCGACCACCAGCAAUGGCACCGAAAGGUCAACAAUACGUUGCUCCAGUAGAAAAAAUGGAUUCACUUACAGUCACACAGCGAGACUUUCAACCAAUUGAUGUUAGCACAUUACCACGUAUUCACGCUGAACCACUGAAAGCCAAUUUAUCUGUUCGUGAUAAUACAGGUCCCAUGGAAAGUGUGACCAUGUCGCAUUAUCAUUAUCAACCAUAUAAACCCGUGACAGUUCGACGACAAUACGGUGAAAUAGUACCUAACAUUUAUGUUCCUCGAAUGGAAAAGUUUCAAGGAUCUACAACCACAGGUGAUGCAUUUCAAGGUCGACCGGGUAAACCAGCACAGCCUAUCAUUCCAGAAGUUCGAAUGGUUAGUCAAAAGGGCAAGCACGAUCAUAAUACAAACUAUCGUAUGGACUAUCAUCCACAUGGACUUAGUGUAUGUGCGGCAAAAGCGUUUACAAUUGUUCAACGUAAAGAAGCAAAUCCAAUAUCUAUAUCGACCCAAUAA